AAGCUGGCUGGGACUCGGGGGGCGCCGAGUUUGACUAGUUUGGGGUCCGCUCUGGGAUUGGCGUCGCUCUAGCGGCCCACCGAGCCCUGGGACUGCGCCACGGGCGGGCCGAGCGCGUCCCGCCCACUCUCGCUGGCGGCUGGGCGGUGCUCUGCCAAAGUUGGCCCUUCGCGGGCGUGAGGGCGGGCGACCGGCCGCAGCCAUGGAGCCCCGCGGCAUGGAAUACUUCAGCUCCCAGGUGCUGCAGAAGGACGUUGGCGGCCGGCUGCAGGUCGGCCAGGAGCUCCUGCUGUACCUCGGCGCCCCUGGCGCCAUCCCAGAUCUGGAGGAAGACCAGAGCCGCCUAGGCAAGACAGUGGACACACUCACCGGCUGGGUGGGCUCGAGCAAUUACCGGGUAUCAUUAAUGGGACUGGAAAUUUUAAGUGCCUUUGUGGACAGAUUAUCAACACGAUUUAAAUCAUAUGUAGCAAUGGUUAUUGUAGCUUUAAUAGACAGAAUGGGCGAUGCCAAAGAUAAAGUCCGAGAAGAAGCUCAGACUCUGAUACUGAAGUUAAUGGACCAAGUGGCACCACCUGUGUACAUUUGGGAACAGUUGGCUUCUGGUUUUAAGCACAAGAAUUUUCGAUCUCGAGAAGGCGUAUGUCUGUGUGUUAUUGAAACCUUAAACAUUUUUGGGGCUCAGCCCUUAGUCAUCAGCAAGUUGGUACCACAUUUGUGCAUCUUGUUUGGAGAUUCCAACAGCCAGGUGAGAGAUGCAGCAAUAUUGGCUGUUGUAGAGAUUUACAGACAUGUGGGAGAGAAAGUGAGGAUUGAUCUUUGUAAGAGAGGAAUUCCCCCUGCUAGAUUAGAAAUGAUAUUUGCCAAAUUUGAUGAAGUACAAAAUUCAGGCGGUAUGAUUUUGAGUGUCUGCAAAGAUAAAAGCUUUGACGAUGAGGAAUCAGUGGAUGGAAAUAGGCCUUCAACAGCAGCUUCAGCUUUCAAGGUUCCUGCACCUAAGACAUCCGGAAAUCCUGUCAACAGUGCAAGGAAGCCUGGUUCAGCAGGUGGCCCUAAGGCUGGAGCAGGUGCACCUAAAGAAGGAGGUGCUGGAGCAGUUGAUGAAGAUGAUUUUAUAAAAGCUUUUACAGAUGUUCCGUCUAUUCAGAUCUAUUCUAGCCGAGAGCUUGAAGAAACCUUAAAUAAAAUCAGGGAAAUUUUGUCAGAUGACAAACAUGACUGGGAUCAGCGUGCCAAUGCACUUAAGAAAAUUCGAUCACUGCUCAUUGCUGGAGCUGCACAGUAUGAUUGCUUUUUCCAACAUUUGCGCUUGUUGGAUGGAGCACUUAAACUGUCAGCUAAGGACCUUAGAUCUCAAGUGGUUCGAGAAGCUUGCAUUACUGUAGCUCAUCUUUCAACAGUUUUGGGAAACAAAUUUGACCAUGGCGCUGAAGCUAUUGUACCUACACUUUUUAAUCUUGUCCCUAAUAGUGCAAAAGUCAUGGCAACGUCAGGAUGUGCAGCGAUCAGAUUCAUCAUUCGGCAUACCCAUGUACCCAGACUUAUCCCUUUAAUAACAAGCAAUUGCACAUCCAAAUCAGUUCCUGUGAGAAGACGUUCAUUUGAAUUUUUAGAUUUGUUGUUACAAGAAUGGCAGACUCAUUCUUUGGAAAGGCAUGCAGCUGUCUUGGUUGAAACUAUUAAGAAGGGAAUUCAUGAUGCUGAUGCUGAGGCCAGAGUAGAGGCAAGAAAGACGUAUAUGGGUCUUAGAAAUCACUUCCCUGGGGAAGCUGAAACAUUAUAUAAUUCCCUUGAGCCACCUUAUCAGAAAAGUCUUCAAACUUAUUUAAAGAGUUCUGGCAGUGUAGCAUCUCUUCCACAAUCAGACAGAUCCUCGUCUAGCUCACAAGAAAGUCUCAAUCGCCCUUUUUCUUCCAAAUGGUCUACAGCAAAUCCAUCGGCUGUGGCUGGAAGAGUAUCGGCAGGCAGCUGCAAAGCCAGUUCGCUUCCAGGAAGCCUGCAGCGCUCGCGAAGUGACAUUGAUGUGAAUGCUGCUGCUGGUGCCAAGGCACAUCACGUUGCUGGACAGUCUGCGCGAAGUGGGCGCCUAGGUGCGGGGGCCCUGAAUCCAGGUUCCUAUGCAUCACUUGAGGAUACUACUGACAAGAUGGAUGGAACAGCCUCUGAAGAUGGCCGAAUGAGAGCAAAGCUUUCAGCACCACUUCCUGGUAUAGGAAAUGGCAAGACAGAUUCUAGAGGAAGAAGUCGAACAAAAAUGGUGUCUCAGUCACAGCGUUCAUCAUCACCUGACAAAAAUGAAGGAUCACAAUCUGCUAAUACCAUUGGUGCUGGCAGCCGGUCUGGGUCUCCAGGAAGAGUUCUGACCACAACAGCCCUUUCUACAGUGAGCUCCGGGGUGCAGAGAGUCCUGGUCAACUCAGCCUCAAUACAGAAAAGGAGUAAGAUACCACGGAGCCAAGGCUGUAGCAGAGAAGCUAGUCCCUCUAGGCUUUCAGUAGCUCGAAGCAGUCGCAUUCCUCGACCAAGUGUGAGCCAAGGGUGCAGCCGGGAAGCCAGUCGGGAGAGCAGCAGGGACACGAGUCCUGUGCGCUCCUUCCAGCCCCUCGCCUCCAGACACCAUUCCCGAUCUACUGGAGCCCUCUAUGCCCCCGAUGUGUAUGGGGCCUCAGGUCCCGGGUAUGGAAUCAGCCAGUCAAGUCGACUGUCAUCAUCUGUCAGUGCCAUGCGAGUCCUGAACACAGGUUCGGACGUGGAGGAAGCAGUUGCGGAUGCCUUGCUCUUAGGAGACAUGCGGACUAAGAAAAAACCUGCUCGAAGAAGAUACGACUAUGGAGUACAUUCAGAUGAUGAUGCUAACAGCGAUGCCUCCAGUGCUUGCUCGGAGCGUUCCUAUAGUUCUCGAAAUGGUAGUAUUCCUACGUAUAUGAGACAGACGGAAGAUGUGGCCGAAGUGCUCAAUAGGUGUGCCAGUUCCAACUGGUCAGAGAGGAAGGAGGGCCUCCUCGGUCUGCAGAACUUGCUAAAAAAUCAGAGAACAUUAAGUCGAGUUGAACUGAAAAGAUUAUGUGAAAUUUUCACAAGAAUGUUUGCUGAUCCUCAUGGCAAGGUAUUCAGCAUGUUUUUGGAGACUCUAGUAGAUUUCAUACAAGUUCACAAAGAUGACCUUCAAGAUUGGUUGUUUGUACUACUGACACAACUGCUAAAAAAAAUGGGUGCUGAUUUGCUUGGGUCUGUUCAGGCAAAAGUUCAAAAAGCCCUUGAUGUUACAAGAGAAUCUUUUCCAAAUGAUCUUCAGUUUAAUAUUCUAAUGAGAUUUACAGUUGAUCAGACCCAAACACCAAGCUUGAAGACAGUCACGCCAGCACUUCGGGACCAGCUUCACUCUUUUUGGAGCUCCAAGGUGAAGGUUGCUAUCCUUAAGUAUAUAGAAACUCUGGCCAAACAGAUGGAUCCAGGAGAUUUUAUAAAUUCCAGUGAAACUCGCCUAGCAGUGUCUCGAGUCAUCACUUGGACAACAGAACCCAAAAGUUCUGAUGUUCGAAAGGCAGCACAGUCAGUGCUGAUUUCUUUAUUUGAACUCAAUACCCCAGAGUUUACAAUGCUAUUAGGAGCUUUACCAAAAACUUUUCAAGAUGGUGCUACCAAACUGCUUCAUAAUCACCUUAGAAACACUGGCAAUGGAACCCAGAGUUCUAUGGGGAGUCCUUUGACAAGACCAACACCACGAUCACCAGCCAACUGGUCCAGUCCUCUUACUUCUCCUACCAAUACAUCACAGAACACUUUAUCUCCAAGUGCAUUUGAUUAUGACACAGAAAAUAUGAACUCUGAAGAUAUUUAUAGCUCUCUAAGAGGUGUCACUGAAGCAAUCCAAAAUUUCAGCUUCCGUAGUCAAGAAGAUAUGAAUGAGCCAUUGAAAAGGGAUUCUAAAAAAGACGAUGGUGAUUCAACAUGUGGUGGUCCUGGGAUGUCAGACCCAAGAGCAGGAGGUGAUGCUACUGACUCAAGCCAAACAGUCCUUGAUAAUAAAACCACAUUGCUCCAUUCUACGCUGGCUCAUUCCUCUCCACGCUCUCGAGACUAUAAUCCUUAUAACUAUUCGGAUACCAUCAGUCCUUUCAACAAAUCAGCCCUCAAGGAAGCAAUGUUUGAUGAUGAUGCUGACCAGUUUCCUGAUGAUCUUUCCUUAGACCACUCUGACCUAGUUGCUGAGUUAUUGAAGGAGCUGUCUAAUCAUAAUGAACGUGUAGAAGAACGAAAAAUUGCUCUCUAUGAACUCAUGAAACUAACACAGGAAGAAUCAUUCAGUGUUUGGGAUGAGCACUUCAAAACAAUUCUGCUUUUAUUGCUUGAAACCCUGGGAGAUAAAGAGCCUACAAUCAGGGCUUUGGCAUUAAAGGUUUUAAAGGAAAUCCUAAGGCAUCAGCCAGCGAGAUUUAAAAACUAUGCAGAACUUACAGUCAUGAAAACAUUGGAAGCACAUAAAGAUCCUCACAAGGAGGUGGUGAGAUCUGCUGAAGAAGCUGCCUCAGUGUUGGCCACCUCAAUUAGUCCAGAGCAGUGCAUUAAAGUGCUCUGUCCUAUCAUCCAAACCGCAGAUUACCCAAUUAAUCUGGCUGCAAUCAAAAUGCAAACAAAAGUGAUAGAGAGAGUGUCCAAGGACACACUUAACCUGCUUUUGCCAGAGAUUAUGCCAGGCCUAAUACAGGGUUAUGAUAACUCAGAGAGCAGUGUGCGGAAAGCUUGUGUCUUCUGCCUAGUAGCUAUUCAUACGGUAAUUGGCGAUGAACUGAAACCACAUCUUAGCCAGCUCACUGGCAGCAAAAUGAAGCUACUGAAUCUUUACAUCAAACGUGCACAGACAGGUUCUGGAGGAGCUGAUCUCACUACUGAUGUUUCUGGACAAAGUUAGUGAAGCUCACUGUACUGAACCAGGCCUCUCAAAAAAAGGACAGACAGACCACCCUCAUCAAUGAAGAGAAAUUCUCAAGUACAUUUUGGAACUUAAUCAUUGUUUUCCACUUUUGAUUUUUUGUUUUGUAUUUUCCAUAAUAGAGGGCUAUCCUUAGCCUGCAUGUAACUUUGAUGAUAGUUAUUCCAAAUUCAAGAAGCAGUAUUACCAUUAAUUGGUCACAACAAAGUAAUUUUUUAAUCCAAUUCAUCAUUUCAUAUGUUUGUACUUUGUCUUCCCAUUAACCUUUGCCAGUGUUAUGAUUGUACAAAUUUUUUAAGUGCUGGUUAAACAGGAAUGCUUAAAGCUUUAAAAAUUUAGCAGUCUAAAACAUUUUUUGCCUCUGUUCAAUUGCAGAAUAAUAUUUUUAUUGCUACUUUGAGUUUUGUUCUGUAUCAUGUCCUAUGCUAGAAAUACUGAAAAUGAUGUGAAAUAAGGCAGGACUAAUUUUAACUGCAGCCAGCUUUGUUACUGUGAUGGUGAUACAUGUCAUUAGUGUGACUUCUUUGAGGUGAUCAGUAGUUUGAAAACUAAGACUUCAAAGAGAAAUGUUACAGAAUCAGCCAGUUCUACAAAACUGAUCAUUGUUUGUUGGUUAUCAGUCUUGCCAUCUUUAUUUAAAACCAUGUCCCUUCUAUGACCCCUUAAGAAAGCUGCACCAAAUCAUCUGCCUGUUUUUUUCUUGAUACUAUUAAUAAAGAAGGUUUCAUUGCAGGGUCUCUUGGUUUAUGUUUGUUGUGAAUGAUGCUUUUUUGUAUUUAUUAAUAUCAAAUUCACUUAUGAAUAAACUUGAUAAUGGAAGCAGACAAAAAAUCAAGUGCAUGUGUGUCCUUGACUAUCUUCUGUUUCUUUUUUUUAUUUAUUUAAAGAGGAAAAAAAAAAGCAGUAAAAGGGUACAAGUAAUACAGAAUUUCAAGAAAAAAAAUAACAGUAAGAAAUCAUUAGUUAAUAGAUUACAUAUUGUCAUCUUAGAAACAGUUGUCCAAAUUACAAAAUUAAAGCAUACAAAGUGGACAUUCAUACAGUGAGAUUGCAGACAGUUCUGUUCAAACAUCCAACAAAAACUCAGUAAUACGGUUUUAUCUUCUAUUUCUUAAUAACUAAUUAUGAGACCAGGAGCCAGCCAGCCCCUUUUCUUUAAAUGGUGAAACCUGGUUUCCUUUGACCAGGAAAUUGUCUUACUUGAAGCAUUGAUCCUGAGAGAGAGAGAAGAUGGUGCCAAGGCUGUCUUGUAUAAUAGGCUCAAAUCCUCUACCUCUUCAGGACUGAUAACUUUUUACUGAGCUGCUGCCUGUAGUGACUUUUGGAAAACAAAGGGUGAUUUUUUUAUUACUUCUAAACAAAUUUUUGUAAUUACCUUUUGCUAAACCUGUUCUUUUCACAUGCAGCCAACCUUCACAAUUACCAGUUUGAGUUAAAGGCCAAAUUAGAUCAUUUAGAAUGAGAGUACUAAUGAUUUCUCAUCUUAACUUUUUUUUUUUUGUCUUUUUUGGUACCAGGGAUCGAACUCACGACUGCCUGCUUGCAAGGCAGGCGCUUAUGCUGCUGAGCUAAAUCCCCAGCCCCAACUUUUUUUUUUGAUCCUAACAUAAAGUGAAUUUGACUGGAAAGGCAAAUGGCUAUUAGUGAAGCAAUCUGCUGUUAUUACAAAAUUAUCUGUACUUUCUUUGUUUAAUUAAAAAGAUGUAGGAAUGUAUGUAAAGAAUUUAAGAUGAGUACUGAAUGGAUGAUUUGUCAUAGGCUUUCUCCUUUGUUUCUGUUCUAGCAGCAAGAAAAUAGUUUAUAACCUCUUCCCUUUACCUGUAACAAUUUUAUUUUUUACUGUUAAUGACAUUGUGUAUUUAUAGUUCUAUGCUUACUGUUGUGCAUAUACUGGCAAUAAAACUGUACAUAACAUUACUUGAAAACA